ACAUUUCUCUGCUUUCCUCUGGCAGUCGCAUUGUGCUGUGCAAGGAGACGACAGUAAACGGGUUUGCUAUAGUCUUUACAGCUUUUUGUUGAGUUUAAAAUGGCAACUCAUAUAUUGCUGAAUACUGGCGCAAAGAUGCCAGUUCUGGGACUUGGAACAUGGAAGUCACCACCAGGCAAAGUAACCGAAGCAGUGAAGUUAGCCAUUGACGCCGGAUACCGCCACAUUGACUGUGCCCAUGUCUAUCAAAAUGAGAAUGAAGUAGGAGAGGGCAUCCAGCAGAAGAUCAAAGAAGGACUUGUGAAGAGGGAGGACCUUUUCAUUGUCAGCAAGCUGUGGUGUACAUUCCACGAGAAGUCCUUGGUGAAGCAAGCAUGCCAGCAGACCCUGUCUGACCUCAAACUUGACUGCUUGGAUCUUUACCUCAUCCAUUGGCCUAUGGGAUUCAAGGCGGGCAGCGAGCUCUUUCCUGUUGAUGACAGAGGAUUAGUGCUGCCGGACAACACCUGCUUUCUAGACACCUGGGAGGGAAUGGAAGAACUGGUGGAUGCAGGAAUGGUGAAAGCCAUUGGGGUCUCCAACUUCAACCAUGAACAGAUAGAGGCUCUGCUAAACAAACCAGGUCUCAAGUACCAACCGGCCAACAACCAGGUUGAGUGCCAUCCGUACCUGACUCAGGAGAAGCUGCUGGAUUACUGCAUGUCGAAGGGGAUCUCGCUCACAGCAUACAGUCCCCUGGGAUCCCCAGACAGACCAUGGGCAAAACCAGAAGACCCCUCUCUACUGGAAGAUCCUAAAAUCAAGGCAAUUGCUGAAAAGCACAAAAAAACUGCAGCUCAGGUUCUGCUCCGCUUUCAAAUUCAGAGGGGUAUCAUUACUAUCCCAAAGUCAAUUACUCCCCAGCGCAUUGAAGAGAAUUUCAAGGUUUUUGAUUUUGACCUUGAUGGAGAAGACAUAAAAAACAUCCUGAGCUUUAACAGGAACUGGAGGGUUUGCCCAAUGCACUGUGUACAUACUGCACAGUGCAGAUUGAAAGGUGCACAUUAAGAUGAUAAAAGAACAGAAGUGAUAACAUUGAAGAUCUUGACUAAGCAAUGCUGCUUUGGUUGGUUUACUGUUUCAAAGGCAACCAACUUAACAAAUAAUGAUAUGGCUGGGUUAACAGACCCAGAUUAUUAUUUUGUUUUUUGUUAAGUCUUGUUUUGAUUUAGUUUUUGUUUUAACAAAAUGCCUUAAAUGUCAUUUUUCCUUAUUGUAGUUAAGCAGUUCGAUGUCAUGCAAUUCAGUAGCUUUUAGCGUAACAGUCUAGUUUGUUUCGAAAUUACAUUGCAACAAAUGAAAAUCAUUUUUCUUUUGUCUUAAUUUCACAGGGGUUUGGAGCACAAGGAUUACCCAUUUAAUACUGAGUACUGAGUGGGAGAGCAAACCUCCCAUCUUCUGGUGCUGGGUUUGGUGUUUUAUGGCUUGAAGCUCUCCUUUCGUUUAGCAGUUGCAAUUCUAGUUGAUAAAUAACAACACAAAGCUAUAAAGUGUCCCCUUUUUUAGAUGAGUAGUUGCUGUUGUGUAGGAGAUUGGGUGUAUUCAUUUCAAGAGAUAUUACAGGAAUUUAAGAACUUGAUGUUACUCCCCUGAUAACACUUCCUUAUAACUUAGUUAUAGUUUUUUUGGUUGGACAGUUAGUAUGUCUAUGUUUUUAUGGUUUCAUUUUACUUCUACACUCCUUUAGAAUUAAGAGACAUGUGAGGUUCAAGACUUUCUUCUGCUCCUGAUUGAAUGUUAAACUACUCAUUGUUGCCAUUAUUGUCAAUCCAGAAGAGCGUGCAAAAUGAAGUCUGAAACUAAAUCCAAGCACAGCCAUGCACACCAUGGAGUUUACAUGAAUUGUUUAAAAAACAAAAAAAAGUGUCCUUUUUUUGUGCAAACAGGUAUUAUUGCAAAUAGCUUGGAGGAUAUCUGAAGAAUUGCUUCACUCUCUCUUUCAUAUGGUGUUUUGUGACUUCUGACAUUAGACAGUAGUAUAAUAAAAGAGCGCCAAUAAGAACAAACUUGGUUUUUAUUUUGUUAUUUGGCUGUAUUAGAAGUAACGGGUACAUAUAAGUAGAUUCUUUUUUUUCUGAAAUGGUUUAUAAACAUGAAAUAAAUUAGAGACAAAAAAACAUGAUACUGGUCUGGGAACUUCACUGAAGUCAUAGAAUGCAGCUGUGCAACAACUGUAAAGGUAGGGCCUAUUAAAUUGAUCUUACAGACAGAUCUAAUAAUUUAAAUCACUAAGAUAUGAAACAUCUUGAUAAGAUAUGAAAUGUCAUAUUCAACAGACACAAUAAUCAAACAUCCCACAUAACUGUUGGAUGUGUGAUUUUAAUAACUUUGGGCAUUUAUUAGUAAUUUAAACAUUGCUGGUAUUAAGAUCCACACAUACACCUGUGUACCAAAAAAAAAAAAAAAAAAAAGUCUGCAAUUGUUCUUUUUGUUUAUAUUUUAUUUUUUAAAAUUUGAAAUCAUCAAUUAUUUUACUAUUAAUUUUAUCCAAAUUUUGGAAUGCUGAAUUAUUCAGCCCGGUUCAGUGCUGCAACCCCCGCACUAACUCGGGAGAGAUGAAGACGAGCACUCGCGUCCUCCGAAAUGUGUGCCAUCAGUCGUCCACUUUUUUUCCGCACUGUAAGCCCGCUUUGAAGCCAUUUCAGAACUACAGCGUCAGAGGACCAUGCUGUUGUGAACUGUGCUUUUAGUAGGCUGACUUAGAAUUUCUUCCAUAGACAAUGAAAGAUUGCUCGGUUAGUUUAUCAAUCAUUUUACUUUGCAAGGAAUACAGAAAGAAUUACACAAAGCAAGUAAGCACAGCACCUGUAUAGGAUCUUCCCCUGGCCUGACAGUUCGUUUCUGGUACCGGGAAGUGGGUCAGCCUGCAAAGAAGCGAGACUCUUGUAAGACCGUAUUGACCUGAAAGGUAAACGAGGGGCAGCUGCAACCGUUUACCAAGAUGUCAUGCGGUUUUCUAAGCAGAUUUAAUAAUUAAGCGAUAGUGCACGUCGAUGAAGGCUCUACCGUGUCGUAGUUGACCGGAACUGGAGUUAUGCAUCUAAUCAAAGUCAAGGUUAACUAACACACUGACAGGCGGUGUCAUGUUACAAUUUCAAGGCAGUGAGAGUUUUGGAUUGUGUUUGUGCUUAGAAAUUAAGAGAUUUACUUCAUGAUUUUUCUGAUUUCUGUUUAUUUGUGUACUUAAUAAAAUACUACUAUUGAGUAACCA